CACGAUCCAGACGAGAGACCCCUUCCACUCCUCCGCAAACAUGGCCGCCGCUGUCGCUUCCCUGAUCGGCCUCUCUGGCGCGUCGUCCACCGUGUACUUCGAGGACGACUUUACCAAGGGCAUGGACAAGUGGACGGUGGGCACGAUGCCGGGCAAGGAGAUGGGCAAGUGGGACGUCACGCCGGGCAAGUGGUUCGUCGACGAGGAGGCGAAUAAGGGCCUCACCAUCACCGAGGACAUGCGCUUCUACUCCAUCACCGCGCCCCUCGACAAGCCCGCCUCGUCCAAGGGCAAGGACCUCGUGAUUCAGUUUUCGGCCAAGAUUGAGAACCACCAGUAUGCCUUCUGCGGCGGCGGCUACAUCAAGCUGCUGCCCGCGGGGACCAAGGCGGAAAGCUUCAACGGCGACGACGAGUACCAGAUCAUGUUCGGCCCCGACCUCUGCGGCUACGACGUGUCGCACGUCCACCUCAUCUUCAACCACAAGGGCGAGAACCUGCUCAAGACGGACAAGAUCUCGCUCGAGUACUCGGACAAGAACGAGUUCACCCACCUCUACACGGCGCACAUCAAGCCGGACGGGACGUACGAGGUCUUCUUCGACCUCGAGUCCAAGGCCAAGGGCAAGAUCGUCGAGGACUGGGGCUUCCCCAAGCCGGAGAUCGACGAUCCGGACGACAAGAAGCCGUCCGACUGGGUCGACGAGACAAUGAUGGACGACCCCGAGGACAAGAAGCCGGAGGGGUACGAUGACAUCCCGGCCCAGAUCCCGGACCCGGACGCGACCAAGCCCGACGACUGGGACGACGAGGACGAUGGCGAGUGGGAGGCGCCCAUGGUGGACAACCCCGACUACAAGGGCGAGUGGUCGCCCAAGCGGAUCGACAACCCGGCGUACAAGGGCGAGUGGAAGCCAAAGCAGAUCAAAAACAAGGACUACGAGGAGGGCGUGCAGCUGGCGGCGUACGAGGGCGCGAUGCUCGGCUUCGAGCUCUGGAUCGUCAACAACGGCACUAUCUUCGACAACAUCCUGGUGACGGACGACAUCGAGUACGCAAAGGCGCAGGGCGAGAAGCUGUGGAAGCCGACGCAGGAGGGGGAGAAGGAGGUCAAGGAGAAGUGGGACAAGGAGAACAAGCCGGACGAGCCGGAGGGGGGCGAGGAGGACGGCGAGGAUUUUGACGAGGACGAGGAGCCGCCCGAGGAGGAGGAGGAGGAGAAGGACGAGCUGUAGGGCGCGAUGCCACUCUACGACUGAGGGGAGGAUCGACUCUCGCGCUCGCCAGGCGCCCCCCUCCGUGCGGCCGGCCCGCUGGCAACGCAGAGCGCAGCAGCAGCGCACCGGCGCGGGGGGCUUUUGGGAGGGCGAGCGAGGAGUACUGUCGUGAUGGGGUGCCGUCGUUGUUUGAGUAAGAUGAUAUCGUGCGACGAGCGCGUGAUGCCACCAU